GACAACGAGGACAAGACCAUGGACGGGGACGCCGAGGGCGUGUGGAGCCCGGAUAUCGAGCAGAGCUUCCAGGAGGCCCUUGCCAUCUACCCUCCCUGUGGCAGGAGGAAAAUCAUCCUGUCAGAUGAGGGAAAGAUGUAUGGUCGCAAUGAAUUAAUAGCAAGGUACAUCAAGCUGAGGACAGGCAAAACCCGCACAAGAAAACAGGUGUCUAGUCACAUACAGGUGUUAGCACGGAAGAAAGUUCGCGAAUACCAGGCGGGUAUAAAGGUUUCUAGCCACUUGCAGGUUCUCGCCCGGAGAAAAUCUCGCGAGAUCCAGUCAAAGCUAAAGGCGAUGAAUUUGGAUCAGGCCUCUAAAGACAAAGCCCUGCAGAACAUGGCAGCACUAUCAUCUGCACAGAUCGUCUCACCAAGCAUGAUAAAGAAUCAUCUUCCACCGUUGCCUCCUGCCCCCUACCAACCUGCCAGAUUCUGGCCUGCUCCAAUCCCAGGACAGCCUGGACCCUCUCAGGAGCUGGUUCUAGAUCUCAACCCGGGAAGGACUCCUGGGCUUGGCCGCACCAGCCAUGCUAUCAAACCUUUUGCACAGCCACCAUACCCAAGCCUAUCAGGUCCUGUACCGCAAUCCAUACCAAGCUGUCCAGGUUAUGAGCCCUUGGCGCCUCCCCCUGCACCAACUGCAACCGCAGUACCAGUGUGGCAGGACCGGACCAUCGCCUCCUCUAAGCUGCGGAUGCUGGAGUACUCAGCCUUCAUGGAGGUGCAGAGAGACCCAGACAACUACAGCAAACAUCUGUUUGUCCACAUUGGACAGACCAACCCCUCCUACAGCGACCCUCUCCUCGAGGCUGUGGACAUCCGGCAGAUCUACGACAAGUUCCCUGAGAAGAAGGGCGGGCUCAAAGAGCUUUAUGAGAAAGGCCCUCAGAACGCUUUCUUCCUAGUUAAAUUCUGGGCGGACCUGAACAGCAGUGGCAUGCAGGACGGCCCUGGUUCUUUCUACGGCGUCAGCAGCCAGUAUGGCAGCAUUGAGAACAUGACGAUCACCGUUUCAACCAAAGUCUGCUCGUUUGGCAAGCAGGUUGUCGAGAAAGUAGAGACAGAGUACGCCCGCCUGGAGGGAGGAAAGUGUGUUUACAGGAUCCACCGUUCUCCUAUGUGCGAGUACAUGAUCAACUUUAUCCACAAACUCAAACACUUGCCUGAAAAAUACAUGAUGAACAGUGUUCUUGAAAACUUCACUAUCCUACAGGUGGUGACGAACCGCGACACCCAGGAGACCUUGCUCUGUAUAGCAUUUGUUUUUGAGGUUUCCACAAGUGAACACGGAGCUCAGUAUCACGUCUACAGACUUGUCAAAGACUAACAGCUCUUCAGGGAGGUUUUGGAAAAGCCAGACGAAAAGCGUGAUACAAUCUCUCUUCGACCAGCUCAACCAUCCAGGAAAAACUAAAAAGCAAACAAACAUUCAAACAAUGCUAGACCUUACUAACAAGGACAGAUAUUUCAUGCUUUAACAACAAAAAAAAGUAUCAUACGCAAGGAAAAAAAAGAAUGAAUCUCAACUGGCCGACACGCAAAGAAAUUUUGAAGAAUUACAGAUUUUUCGAACAACCAGCUAUUUUCCAUGUGUUUAAACAUGCUUUAGAUGAAGUGGGUCACUUUUGCCAAGGUAAUUGAUGGAACUUGAAAUGUUUUAUUGAGGGAACGAGAAUGUGUUUAGGGUUGAGAAGACUCUCACGGUUUCCAAGGGAACACACUCUAAGCAAUAAGAGGCGUGUAUAUAAGAUUGAUAAAGAAGAGAGAACAGGACCACGGAAGGGGGAAAACCAGAGCCAAGUGGUGUUGUUGCAGUAGGUUUGUUAGGAAAGUGCCUUUUCUCCAAAGAUUAUAUCAUUGCCUGCCACUUUGGAUUGCCUUUUUUUUACUACCUCUUGUUUUUAAAUGAACAGAAUGAACAGAAAAUAGUCAGACAGGUGUAUUUUGUCAAAAAAAAAAAAAAGAAUUGAAUGAAACCUCUCAGAUUCACGUCUUUUGAGGCAGUUUUUGUAUUUGGGCACAAAGAGGAAUGGUAUGGGAUAACUAAUUUUCAUGUAGCCUGUUACUUUGAAAAAAAAAAAUCGUCCCAAGUUUUACAGUCCAAGUGUACAGGGAGAAGGUUUAUUGUGUUACCAUAUUAUUAAGGUUCUGCUUUUUUUAAUGUUUUAUUACACAGUUUUAAAAAAAAUCAGGUCUUACAAGCAUCUAUCUAUAACAGACUUUUGACACUAAGGAUGCCUUGUAUCAUUGCUAGCCUGACAUAAAGCCAAGGCUUUACCAUCCUUACGAGAUCCCCCAUUAUUUCUCGCUGUAUGAAGACGUGUGCUUGGUUGCACUUAAAAGAUCAAGAAGAGGGGUGAAGCAACAGCAGUGCUUAUUUUCUGCCUUGAGUUAUGUAGCCUAAUUGAAAAAAAAAAAAAGAAUUGUUUCUGUACUGUGAGUCAGUGGAUGCUAAAGGAAUAUGUGUUACAUAGGAGUAUUUUUUUGGAGGGCAGGGUGGGGCAGGGGGGAGCCUUAAUGUUCAUAUUUGUGAUCAGUUAACUCAGCACUCAACUCAGACCGUGGCUAAAGUGGAGAGAAGUUAAUCACUGUUUCUUUUGUUUAAAAAAGAGAUUGUAUGCUGUGAAGUCGGCUCAUUUGCUUCACCCUUCUCUGUGUAAUGUGUGGAGAAGCUGCAUUCAUUGAUAAAAGUUCAGUUUUGAUAUUUAAGACUUUUUUUUUUACUGACAUUACAAAUGAAAUCAUUUUGAAAUCAAACUAAAUAAUUGUCUUGAAUGAGAGCUAUUGUCUCUGUGCUGUGGAGUAUGACCAUUGAUUGUUAUUUAUAGGGUUGGUAAGCAAAUAGUGGGAGGGCAGGGUGGGGUACUUGGAGAUGUAUUGAUCAUUUUCCAUUGUGAUGGAGAUGUUAAAAGUAUUGCAGGACUCAAAGUAGAGACAGGAUUAACUGUCGAGCCGUGGGUCCUGCUGGACGAGUGUCUACUCUGUGUGGUUCACUGGACAAUUUUGCUAUAAAGUUCAAAUUUAAGAUAUUGUAUGGUGGAAUAAUUGCACCUGGCUUUGAAUGUCAUAUUUCACAAGCUAGAUACAAUAACACUCCUCCUCUAGGUUUCUCAAUUUAUCUUUUAUACAGACUUUUUUUUGUUUUUUUGCCAUUAUCAAGAUUAAUGUUUUGUUUUGAUUCUGUUGUCUUUUGACUUUCAGUGUCUGCCAUAUGCUUCACUGAAAAUAAUGUGUGACUGUGCUGAUAUUGAUAAUUAAUAAUGAGAUAUCUAAUGUAUCAUAUUCUGAAUGGUGUGGGCAGGUUUUUUUGUUUUGUUUUGUUUUGUUUUUUUGGUUUAAGGUGGUUUACUAUUGUCUUUGUUACCAUUGUGCAUUGCAAUUUUAUACUUCAAAGUAGAGGUUGGACUAUAUAAUCAAACAAAUGUAUCUAACAAUAAAAGACGCAUGGUGCCUUUGGGGCCAUUUUUCCCCAGAAAACUUAUUAAACAUGUUUGUAAAUUUG